GAUUGUUACUCUGACUUAUAUGCUUGAACCGACCACAGCCGUUGGCAUAAUGGCAGCAGAACUCAGCGUUGAGUAACGUUGAACAGAAAAGUCGGGAAAAGAGGCCAAGUACAUUCGGUGUGGAUUCAACGGCCCGAUCUUUUGUCUUCUUGAAUUCAGUGAACGACAGAAUAUACGAAAUUACAAGACAUAGGGAUGGCCGGGGGGACCAAACAGGUAGCCUAAUGAUAUCAUGGCAGUCCACUUACAUGUACCGGCAUAAUCAAACACUUUACCGACACCGGGAGAAAAGAGCGGACUCGGCUUGAAACGAAACAUCGCGGAGGUGGAACAUUGUGAACCAACCAUAGCCUGUACCUGCUGAAAAUUCCAGAAUAGGCACUCGGCAAGGAAGAUGGUUGGCUCAGCAGGUAGAGUGACGCUGGGAAUCCGCUCCUUGAGAAUCCGCCGGUUUUCCCGCAGUCGUGUGUGUGAGGCGAGAGGGCGGAGAAUGGAGGUUUUCCAUGGUUUCAACUGAUAUUUUCAUCUCACUCGGCUGGUUGCAGUAGGUACAGGAUCUGCAUGUCUGGUGCUCCAGCAUCCACAGUGUUGGCAUCCAGUUGUAGAUCAGAUCUGAAGGAUUGGCAGGUGGCAAGCGGCAUAUCCAGGCUUUCCAAGAAAUCGAUCUGCAGGUACGGCUGGUAUUCAUCGGCCGAGCCCGUUGAGGGAGGCUCUUUCUUAAAUACUCGAAACACUGAUUCCAAUUCCUCAAGUCUUCAGUUCUUCGCAAAACUUCUUCCCUUGACCGGAUCAUCAGCAACCUUUUCUUUUUUUCAGAGCAGCCCGGUUGCUGCCACUUUUUAUUAGACUUACUUUCUGUCAGCAUCUAUACCAAACACUCUUUUACAGCCGAACCUUUUCGACUACUUCUUCUAGAACAUGAUCCUGCCCGCCUUCUCUACCGCCCUAGUGGCAGGCCUCCUCCCACUCGCUGCGGCCCUCCCUGCAUUCUCGGCCAUGACAGACUACACCAUCCCUCCAGCUGUGAUUAAAACGCUGAUGGAAUCCGAUAAAGAAUGCGUCAUGCCUUGGGGGUUCAACAUCACCAACUUCAUGAUCUUCACCCCCGCCCCCGGCAACAAUCAUUCCCAACUCAUUAGCUUUGACUUUUUCGACGACCCCACCAAAAUCGCGACAUCCUGCGCCUUCAAUGAAAGUUCGGUCAAUGUCGCUCCUUUCGAUUUCACCCCUCGCUAUCCAUGUGAUGACUGGCGGGUAACCUUCAUGUGGAACAACGCAACACAAGGCCUGGAGAUGAUUGAAAGGGCCUGCCCAGAUGUCUUAACAACUUCUAUGGAGGCUUCCGGGUCGAUAUGGGUAAAUGGAACCUUGAGCUGCCUCGAGGAUGAUGCGAACGGUGCGUAUGGUCCUGGACUCGAUUGCAUCUCAUUUCGAAAGUAUGAGGCAAAGUACUACAGCCUUCAGCCCACACCGUGGUAG